AUGACUGCCUUGUUCCACGACAUGAUAAACAAAGAAAUGGAAGUCUACGUGGAUGACAUGAUCGUCAAGUCUUGCACGAUCGAAGGGCAUUUCGAAGACCUCAAAAGGCUCUUCGACAAGUUAGAAAAGUUUAAACUCUGCCUCAACCUGCAAACAUGUGUCUUCGGCGCAACCGAAGGUAAACUGUUAGGCUUCAUCGUCAGUGAAGAUGGCAUAUGGGUGGAUGAGACUAAGAUAAAGACCUUCUUCCCUGACGAAGAUAUCCUCCUAAUCGAGGAAGAAGAACAAAGAAAGGCAGGAGAGUGGACAUUCUUCUUCGACGAAGCCAUAAACUCAAAGGGGAGUGGAGUAAGCGUCAUACUCUACUCUCCUGAUGAUGUCCCAAUUCCCAUAUCUAGGCGAUUGGCAUUCCAGUGCACAAAUAAUGUAGCUGAAUAUAAAGCAUGCAUUGUUGGUCUAAGAGAAGCCAUUAUUCUCAAGGUGAAGAAGUUAGGAGUCUUCGGAGACUCACAACUUAUCAUCAAUCAGAUAAAUGGCGACUGA